AUGUCACAGGGCAAUUUAGAAACCUUUGUUUCUGCCUGCGCCGGCGGUUCUUGCGAUAACAAAAUCGUAUGCGAGACCUUAGUAACCACCGAAGAGCAACUCCACACGGCGGAAGAAUCCGUCGACGUAGAAAUCCCGCCUGAAUCUUUUAGGUUAUCCAAAGACGCCGAGUUCCACUGGUUCGAUGGCAACGCUUUUUACCAACGGAAAGAGUCGCAUAAAGGAAACUCUGCUUCCAACUCUACCAAUCUUAAUCCUAAUUUGAACUCGGACUCCAAAUCCAAUUCUCAACGCUUUCCUAUGAGGACGUCUAAAGCUUCUAUCAUCGGAUUACCGAAACCGAUAAAAUCUUGUUUUGUUCAAACGAAGAACAGGAAGAACACGAAGCCUGGAAACAAUAGGUUGUUUCCUAAACGGCCCGGUUUUGUUAAAACAGUUUCGUCGGUUGUUGAACCUUCCUCGCCUAAGGUUUCUUGUAUGGGAAGAGUGAGAUCGAGGCGAGACCGGAAUCGCUCGCUAAAAAAGAACCGCCAAAAUCAGGACGGAGUCGUGGAAGCAGUUAAAGAGAAAGGAAGACUAAAAGAAGCGGUUUCUUUCCAAGAUUUUGUGCUAUUUUCCGAUCAAAUGGCAGAGCACCUGAAUCACACACAGUUGCAGUGCAGCCUUCGCCGCCGAGGAACAUCGACAUCAGGUCUCGUUUGCCGCCAAAUUAUCGCGAUGCAAAAUCAAUGGAGCCUGGAAUCACGGAGACCGCACCGGUUGGUCUAG